CACUCAGUUUUCAACUUAGUUUCGACUCUGCGCGUGCAACUCACGUCUCACGACACGAAACGUCACUCGUUAACACAUACGCACACUUCGAAGAGAGAUUCUCUGUAACUUCGAUCGAGAACACACCGGGAAGCGAAAAAACGCAGCGAAAUAAAAAUGGCGCCUCGCAAUAAGGAACAAGAAGCCGAAGUUCUCACUUGGAUCGAAACCGUUCUCGGGGAAAAAUUGCCGCCUGGUAACUACGAAGACAUUCUCAAGGACGGCGUGAUUCUUUGCCAGUUAAUAAACAAACUCGCGCCUGGUUCGGUCAAGAAGAUUCAGACGAAGGGCACGAAUUUCCAGCUGAUGGAAAAUGUCCAGAGAUUCCAAGCUGCCAUCAAAAACUACGGAGUACCUCAGGAAGAAAUCUUCCAAACUGCUGAUCUUUUCGAAAGACGCAAUAUUCCUCAAGUCACUCUUUGUCUCUAUGCCCUUGGAAGGAUCACCCAAAAGCAUCCUGAAUACAAUGGACCAGCUUUGGGACCCAAAAUGUCUGAAAAGAACGAGAGAACCUUCACCGAGGAUCAGCUCAGAGCUAGUGAAGGUCAGGUCAACUUGCAAAUGGGUUACAACAAGGGUGCCAGUCAAUCGGGACAUGGCGGAUUCGGAAACACUCGACACAUGUAAAAACGUGUAAAUUUGUAUAUUUAAAUUUGUAAAUAUAUCGAAAAAAAAUCUGACAUUCUUUCGAAAAUUCAAAAUCAAUCAACAUGUUUCGGAAACUAUUUUGUUUCACAAAAAUGCAAAAGAUAAUGAAAAACGUUCGUUAUUCUGACAACGAAUUAGUGAGAGAGUAUCAAGGCAGGACAUUUUGUACGAGAUUUUCUAACUUUCUCACACUCCGUUCACAAAAUGUCAAAUCCAACAUUGAGUUUCAAUAUACACAACUGUUACGAAAUAAAAAAAACAACCCUGCUAUUUUUUACAUCAGAAAUUCAUUAUAACUUACGAAUAAAUCGAAAGAUUUUAUCACAUAA